UAAAAUGACGAUGGUGACCAGAUGAACCCAGAGGAUCUAGGGCUUCACAUCGCUUCGAUCUCUCUCUCUCUCGUCAUCUCUUCGACGGAUUUAACACGCACAAGUUUCCUCUCUCUGGAUUUUGAUAACUUCAUCAUCUUCUCCUCUUCAAUUCUACACCUCCGAUAUUCAAAAGUUUUUCUGAGAAAUUAGGGUAGAACGAUGAUUGAUUCAAUCUAAAAGAAUAAUUAUUGGGAUUUUAAAGGGUAAUUGGACCUUCCCGAAUCAAUUUUCCUUUGAAAAAAAGAAAGAAUAUUAGAUUGAAAAGAAGUGAGCUUCUGUAACUAUGCGGGCAUUGCACAAAUCGAAAAGGGUAUCGUGGCCACCAGAUUUUAAACUUUGUCAGGGGCUAAUCCUGAGAUACAUCCAGUUCUAUCAUGGGAUGGUCAGCUUUAACCCACUUACUCAUGAGAUCAGUGUUGUCAAGUAGUCUGUGGUGAGGUAUGCAAGAGAACGAACCAAGAGGAAUGGUGAUGUCCAAAGAGUUUUGGCUCUCUUCAACACGUAUUCGGCUUUUACACACUUUCGAAUGCUGUCAUUUGCAACCUUUUUGCUAAGAUAGCUUGGAGAUGAUUCAUCAUCCCGCUAAGUUGCAUAUUGGUAGGGAGGUGGAGGAUGAGGAAUCUUCAGGGAGGAAUGUCACAAUUUUCCAUGUAUACAUUAGUUAGGCUGUCCUAGAUUAUGAGGCCCCUUAUCUUAUACAUUACCACAUUGAUUUUUUUUCAAACAACCAAGAAUCUUGUAAUUUGUUAAUGGUGACAAGCCCUUGUUGACUUUCUCUGGAUUAUAUGUUUGAGAUAACUGGUCCAAUGGUACGGCUGUUCAUAUCAGAAGAUUCACCUUCGCAAGUUGGAUCAGAAUCUCAAGAUCACCUACAAGCAAAGUCAUCAUGCGCUUCACAUCCAAGUGAUGAUAAUCUGCCACCUGGUUUCGGUGGAAGUCUUUCUCCAAAUGAGUCACAGAUUAAGUUAUCAGACAUCCCAGUAAUAAAGUGGAAAUGCUCUGUCCGGAUUCUGUUUGAUGAGGAAUUGAGAGUGGCUGCAGGGGACGAAAGCAAAGAAGUAGAGGCGCAAAAUCAGAGGGAAUUGAGAGUGCUUGAAGCAUUUUAUCCGGGGGCAUCAGCUAUUCCCACAAACCCUGCGGUUCCAGCUGAUGUUGAGAACUCGGAUCGUGAUGACCAGCAAACCAUUGUCAUACCCAUUCUACCUGUAGAAGAUGAUGACACAACGACGGAUUCAGCAUCUGAUUUCUCAACCCAAUCUGGCGUGGAUGUGGGAACAGCGCCAUCAAUAACAGAUGAGAAUCAAUCAUCCGCUUCAACCUUCCCUGCAGGGUCAGAAAUAAUGGCUGCAUUAUCUGCAAUCUCAAACAGCAAAGAACAAGGCUGCAGCAUGAUCGACCAAGAUUUGCUCAUCAAAAUCUUAAGCAACCCUAAGUUGGUCGAGAAUCUUGUUGCAAAUUGUGGCGGUGCAGGUUCAGUGUCCUCCAACGCAAGUAGCCUCUACCCAUCUUCAACGCCUGAAGCCAAUGGAGUAGUAACCACAACACCUGCGUGUUCAAACGGACAAUAUUACCCUCAGCCAACGGUAACUCAUAUUCCUCCCAUGGUGUAUCACCCUCCAGCUCCUUCAGAUCAACCCAACUAUGGAGCACCACCAGCAAGAGAUGCUAGUUAUUACAAGAGCCUGAUUCAGCAACAUGGCGGGGAAAGACAAGAGACUCCGCAAGCUCAACAACAUCUUGGUUAUCGUUAUAAUCUCCAACCUGGAGGAGGACCAAACCCUGAGAUGGUAAAUAGCAAUAAUAAUAACCAGAGGCCCAGGGAUUCAAAACCCAAGAUUAUGAAGCCUUGCUUGUACUUCAACACCACCAGGGGUUGUCGCCAUGGAGCAAACUGUUCAUACCAGCACGAUGCUACAGCUUACCAGCCAAGGAAUAUCAACAAUUCUGAGAUGCCAAGUGCAAAAAGAAUGAGAUUUGACAGGGACUGAAGCAUAAUUAGCGUAUCCCACCAGAGUUGUGCUCACGUUAAAAUUCUAAGAAAUAUGGGCCUAGGGUCUCAAAUUUUUGAGAAAAACUUGAGAACCUUUUCUUUGCAAUAUUUACACAUACAUAUUUGUCUUUAGUUUUUUAAUUUGUUUUUAGUAGGUUCAAUAUUAUUUGGUUAGCAGUUCUA